AUGGGACGAGACAAUCACACAAGUGUAUCAGAAUUCCUCCUUAUGGGACUUUCAGAGAGACCAGACCAACAGUGGCCCCUCUUUGGACUCUUCCUGAGCAUGUACAUGGUAACCAUAGUUGGGAACCUGCUCAUCAUUCUGGCCAUUUAUUCUGACUCCCACCUCCACACCCCCAUGUACUUCUUCCUUUCCAACCUGUCCUUUGUGGAUCUGUGUCAGGCAUCCACCACAAUGCCUAAGAUGCUGAUAAAUAUCCUGACACACAGCAAGGCCAUCCCUUAUGCUGGCUGCCUCAUCCAAAUGUAUUCUUUCCAUUUGUUUGGAACCAUGGACAGCUUUCUCCUUGCCGUGAUGGCCUAUGACCGUUUUGUGGCCAUCUGCCACCCACUGCGUUAUGCGACCAUCAUGAGCCCUCGGCUCUGCAUCCUGCUCGUAGGAGGACCUUGGGGUACCACCAACCUCCAGUCGGUGGUACACACCUCCCUGAUGGCAAAGUUAACCUUUUGCGCAGACAACAAAAUCCCCCACUUCUUUUGUGACCUCAUGCCCUUGCUGAAGCUCUCCUGCUCUGACACCCACAUCAAUGAGCUGGUGGUUUUAGUCUUUGGCAUCUUCAUGGGCAUAAGUCCCCUAGUGUGCAUUCUUCUCUCCUAUAUCUGCAUUUUCUGUGCCGUUCUGCAGGUCCCCUCUGCUGAGGGAAAACGCAAAGCCUUCUCCACCUGCGGCUCUCACCUCACUGUGGUCUUACUGUUUUAUGGGACCAUUUUUGCUGUGUACCUGCAGCCCUCAGGACCCACUUCUCCAGAGAAGGACAAGGCAGCUGCUGUGAUGUGUGCAGUGGUCAUACCCAUGCUGAAUCCCUUCAUUUACAGCCUGAGAAAUAGGGACAUGAAGGGGGCUUUAAGGAAACUGAUCAGCAGAAUACCACCCUCACAGUAA